CAAGGCCGAAGCAAAGACUAAGGCCAAGGGUUUUUCAGGCCUCAUCUCAACCAAUACUUGGAAAACUUAUAGGAUAUCAUGUGGAAAGUUCGCGUCUGGGGGCCUUCAUGUAUUGCUCGUCUAACCCGAUCGACACAUAUGUCAUACAAAAGAGAGGCCGAACGCAUUUAUUUUUGUUCGGGCCUGAAAAAUAUACACGCUUCAAGCCUAUCAGAUCUUACACGUAGCUGAUGCAAUCUUUAUCGUUUGAUUUAGCCCAUCGUAAAUCCUGAAAAAGGAGAAUUUGAGUCAACAAAUCAAAGAACACUAACUGAACUAUAAACUUUCCACUGUGAGUGAAAAACAAGCGGGGCAAAUACUGUGCAUGUAAAUCACGAUGUCCGAAGCUUUCGUUCAAAGGACAACACUUGAACCGUCGUACUCCUGCAAAGACUCCUGGCCAUUAGCGACAAGUAAGGAUUACUGCCUUCAAAAUUAUCAGAGAACCGUAUAGAAUGAAUCUUCUUCCUGCAUCGCACGUCACGGCCGGAAAGCAUAAUGGUGAUACUUCCCAAUAAGGACAAUCAAUUGCCUGGCCUCUCCAAAUUUCCACGCACAAUCAAAACACCAAUGUUAUUCACGAGGUGGCUCCUGGAUCUGCCACAUCCAAUCAAGACCACCUCCAGAAGCCAAGCGUCUGCAAACAAGUCUUCGCUCGUCGUCCUCACUCAUAUUAUACAGUAUACGUUCGUGCUGCAGCAGAAAGCCACGUCUCAAGGUUCAGAAGGGCCAUCCCCUACAUCGUGGGAGCAUGCCACCUCCAUUUUCUGGCACUGUCUGUACAGCACUGGAGAGAGAAAGAGAUGCAGAGCAGUUAAGCGCCUAACCGGCAACUUCAAGCCACGUAGAAACUUACAGUUAUCCAUGCAAAUCGUCCACCAGCCAUGUGUGCAAACUGUGUCACGUGGUUAGCAAUCCACCUGAACCAGUAAAACUAUUCCUUUAUAUAUCAACCGUAGUAUAACAGUAACUACUUGCCAUUAGUCAUGUCAGCUUCUUCGUCCCUUUGGAAACCUCUGCUUUCUGUGUUUGGAUGUGAUGCCCCUCUUUUGAGUAUCUUCCAAACACCAGAGGUUUAGGCAGAAAAGCACCUACCACCCACUUCACAUCUACGCCAUGGAGAAUGGAGAGGCCAAACCAGUGAAGAAAACCAACCAUAGGUGCUCAAGAAAAGGGUGUAUGAAGGGCAAAGGAGGGCCUGAAAAUGCACUUUGCCACUACAGGGGUGUGAGGCAGAGGACUUGGGGCAAGUGGGUAGCUGAGAUACGUGAGCCCAACAGAGGAUCACGCCUGUGGCUCGGCACCUUUGACACCUCCCACCAGGCUGCCUUGGCCUAUGAUGCCGCAGCCCGCAAGCUCUACGGUGAUUGUGCGGUGCUGAACCUUCCUGAGUCCUGUGUUAUCACCACAGAGCUUCCUUACCAACAGGAGAUUGCUCACAACUCCCUGUCUUCAUCACCUUCUUUGCGCCGAAGCGUUAAGCCUCGGAAUUCAGGCAAUUCACAAGGCCGCGGAGGCUGCAGUGGCUCAGAAACAACCACCACCGCUGCCAGCAACACGACCAACGGGACCAGCGCCACUUCACAGGCUAGUUUUCCUGAGUUCGCCACGGAAGCGUUUAGAGAUGACGAAGGAGAAGGUGAGCUAUGGAGCAGCAACGACGCGGUUCGGUUUUCUUUGGACGAGAUGACGGCCGGCUGGUUGUCGUGCCCUGAGAGCUUGCCAUCGAUGGAGGACCAGCAGCUUCCAACGUCCUUUGAGUGGGGAAAUGGGGAGGAGCUGAUGGGCUUUGAAUCCACGCAGUUGGGCUGGUGUACAUAGAAGGCCGCAGCUUAAUGCGUAUUUUGAGCUUGAGGAAAUGAGAAUUGUUUGCAUCUUGUGCACACGUCCUUCAGAGGAAUAUAGUUCAUACAUGCUGCCCACAUGGUGGCUGUUUCCACUCAUCCUAUAGCAGAUGUAUGUGCAUCAUCUUCUUGUAGCUACAGAACCUUACCUUCAAUAGUUUGAGAUGGGACAAACUGGUUUUCCACAAUAACCUGUCAUAGAGAGAGAGAGAGAGAGAGA